GAGUACGGAGUAGUGGCCAUUGGUUGGGAUGAGUAUGGAGUAGUGGCCAUUGGUUGGGAUGAGUACGGAGUAGUGGCCAUUGGUUGGGAUGAGUACGGAGUAGCGGCCAUUGGUUGGGAUGAGUACGGAGUAGCGGCCAUUGGUUGGGAUGAGUACGGAGUAGCGGCCAUUGGUUGGGAUGAGUACGGAGUAGCGGCCAUUGGUUGGGAUGAGUACGGAUGGCCAUUGGUUGGGAUGAGUACGGAGUAGUGGCCAUUGGUUGGGAUGAGUACGGAGUAGUGGCCAUUGGUUGGGAUGAGUACGGAGUAGUGGCCAUUGGUUGGGAU